AUGUCCAACCCAAUGGAGAAUACUUCCUGCAGCAACUGGUUGGUGGCAGAGGUGGUCUUGAAAAAGUAUUACCUUUCCAUCAUGUAUGGGAUUGAGUUUGUCGUCGGGCUCCUGGGAAACAUCACAGUGGUUUUGGCUUACGUCCUCCACAUGAAGGACUGGAAAAGUUGUAACAUUUAUCUCUUCAACCUCUCCUUGUCAGAUCUGGCCUUCCUCUGUACUCUUCCAAUGUUGGUGAGGAGCUAUGCCUCGGGAAGCUGGACAUACGGAGUCGCUCUCUGCAAAAGCAACAGAUAUAUCCUUCAUGCCAACAUGUACACGAGCAUCCUUUUCCUCACUUUUAUUAGCAUCGAUCGUUAUCUGCUGAUGAAAUAUCCCUUCCGUGAACACUUUCUGCAGAAGAAAGAACUAGCAAUUGUUGCCUCCGCAGCCAUCUGGAUUCUGGUAACCCUUGAAAUCGUGCCAAUCCUCCUCAUCCUCGAUCCGAUUAUCACAGAAAACAGCACUGCCUGCCGUGAUUAUGCAAGUUCCGGUGAUCCAAAAUCCAACCUUUGCUACAGCCUGCUCCUCACGUUCUUAGGAUUCAUAAUCCCUCUACUUGUUAUGUGCUUUUUCUACCUGAAGAUUGCUUUCUUCCUGAAACACAGGAAUCAAGAGAUAUCGUCGACUCUCCCGCUGGAAAAGCCCCUGACCUUAAUCAUCAUGGCCAUGGUCAUUUUCUCGGUACUUUUAACCCCCUACCACGUAAUGCGCAACGUGAGGAUUGCGUCCCGCAUGGAUUUCUGGGACGAAACUCCAUGUGAGAGGGCUGCUGUUCAUGCCUUCUAUAUCAUCACGAGGCCCAUAGCCUUUCUAAACAGUGUGAUAAACCCAGUCUUUUAUUUCCUAAUUGGGGACAACUUCAGAGAGAUGCUAUUAAACAGUGUGCGGCAUCUCUUCCAGUCGAUCAAAUCUUUCAGAAGAUGAGGUACCCAAAUCAUUUCAUUCCCCUUGGGGUUCUCCUUUUUCUACUAAAGGAUGUACCUGGCUCUGAAGAGAUCCCCACAAACCACCUGAUGAUUUUCACCAAGAGGUUUUAAGAUAGAUGACUAUUGUACAGCUAGCCAAUAAAUCGAGGUGUGAGAAAAAUAGAGUGCUUAAAGUGGACCUGCGGAGGGUAUUUUGUUGAUGUGUUUGUGUUUUACCAAGAACAGAGACUAGGAGUUCCAGGCCUGGAAUGGGCUGUGAAACUUUGUCUUUUCUGACUCUGCUGGUGACAUGAGAUCACAGCACUCCGGAAUUUAUGCAGAUGCUUGUUUGAUUAACAUUUUGAUUAUUGGUGAAUAUCACCAGAAAUGUUUUCAUCAUCUUUGCUUUUGGACUUGGGACUUUUUUAAAGUGAAGAAUGCCAUUUGAAUUAGUGUAAUAACCUGAAUCGAGGAAGUAUGCAUUGGAUGGAAAGAACACUGGAAAUUAAGGAUGGGAAUGGAAGCAGCA